CCAAGUUUUUUAGUAUGCCCAGACUUUAUGACCGAACGGUAUAGAGUCAGCUGCACCAGCAUGGUCAAUGCCAAUGUCACGGAAGCUCAAGCAGCAGAGACUCUCCGCAACAUCUGGAUAACGACCAACGAAGAUUUGUGUCUACAAUGGCAUCAACAAGUCGUAGAAGAUGAACAUUUGAAUGCUGAGAGGCGCCGCUUAGCUGAAGAAGAAGCAGAGUGGCAGAAGGCUGUACUUGAACUUGAGGAAGCCACAAUGAGAGCAGACGAGAGAAAGAAAAAUUUUUCCAAGUUCGCCUUGAGAAAGUUGGACAAGGGUCAUUAUGUCGAACUAUACUAUUGGACCAAUCACGGUCUCAAGGAUGCAAUGAUCAAUUAUUGCACCCGAGAUGACAACAGUAUGGUACCUACCAAGGGCGAGGAUGGUUCCACAGUCUGGAUCAACGCGGCGUCAUCAAAACCCGCCUCAAGAGUCAUUCCAGAUCGUAACCUAGCACCAGCUGAUUUCUCUCAAGCGGUACCACACAUAGUAGCAGCGCUAGAAGAUCGAGAUUGGGCUCAGCAAAGAGUUUUAAUGUUAGCGCAGUUUUGGGGAGCUAUCAUGGUUCAUCGCUAUUGGAACUCCCGCGAUAUGUUGGCUCAGAAGGCCAUUCUCUUGUUCCAA